AUCCAGUCUGUCAUUUGUGAUGGGAAAAUAUUGCCAGAUGGAUUGUUUUUCUAAAUAUUAGGGUACAACAAGUAAUACUCGGGACUCUGCUGUGUUCCGUCUCUACAUUUACUUUGGAAUGAAUUACUUUUAAUUAAGAAUCAUGGAUGGUAAUUUAUGCAGAGUUUUUAAAAUGAUACAAGUUUAAAGGCGUCGAACCCCGAACAUAAUAACGAUUUAAUGGAAUUAAUUUAUAUGGAAUCUACUUAAUGGACAUAAAUUUUAAUGAGGUGGUAGGAUUUCCUCUAUAAAAUGCAUCCCCCAAAGCCAGCUAGUUCCGCUUCGCGACUGAAGGCGAAGAAGAAGCACGUCAUGAAAGACAUUGAGGAAUGGAUGGUGAAGGAUCUCACACUGGAUCUCAAUCAGGGAAAUACCCGGAUGUCGGGCAAAAAUGACGACACGGUGACGGAGGUCCGGAUGCUGAAAGCACGGCUGAUAGACUUAGGAGUGGAACGCUACAAGUUUCUUUCUCAAUUCUCCCAUGAAAAACAAAAGUUUCUGGAAAACCGAAAACGCAAAGAUGCAAGUGCUAAAAAUCUGCGUUCCUACUCCACCAUGAGUGAGCCCAUCAUGACCUACGUCCGACCGGGUACCACAUCCUCCCGUCAGUCGGGAAACGAACGCAGCGACGCCGCAAGUACGGUCUCCAGAAAAACCGACUUCAUAAGUCCCAAGGAGUACGUCCAAAACAACACUCAACCAAACACACGCCGACCGAUGCCACCCCACAGAGCCAAAACUGUCCAGUUUAUCCCCCAGACCCUCCAGAACAAACACAGAAGCAGAGACAGUCGAACCGUGGUCAGCGAGCCCGCGAGACUCGGGAUUAGUCGGGAGAACACCAUAGCGUCCAGCGUGUACAGUACCACAAACUCUGUGUCCUCCUUCAGACGGGACGAAGACGCACCUUGGUCACGGCGGAACAGACUCAGUAAAUAUGGCGGGAAAUGUCCCAGCGUCACGGGCGAUCCGCGAUACGCCUUGCUGGAGGGAGCGCUGUCCUCUACGUAUGACAAGCACAUCAAAACGAAUGUGACAGACAUUGUGGACAGAAUUGAAUCGCUUCGUAAACCUCCUAAAAAUGCCAAAGAGGCCAAGCCGAAAUGGGAGGAGAAGAUUUUUGCCUUUAUGAAGGAAGUCGGUAUCGAUUGGUCCGAGGAUUAAGUGAAUUUCAUUUUACGGGUGUGCUGGAUAUUACGUUCAAAUUGUGAGGGGGGAAAACGCAAAAUGUCUUUCUUGAAUGAACAUCCUCAAUGGGUAUAACAUACAACUCUGUAUAUUAACAAUUUUUUUUUUUAAAUAGCCAUGUAUGCAAAGUUUUAAUCUACUAAGUUCGGUGUGAAAUCAUCCGACAACAUUAAAGAUGUUGAUAGAAACUUUUCA